AAGCAAGGUAGAAAACUGUGCACUACGUGUGGAAAGUUCACAGUCAAGUGAUUCGCUGCCGGAACGAGUUGGGUUUUUCGUGCACGCGGUGCCGGAAUACUGCUUUAUCCUACGAAAGGAAAAAGCAAAAACAGCAGCGGCAACAUCAACUGAUAAAGAAAAAAAAAAACAAGUGUCCAGUGCAGUUUGACAGGACAUGAGAUAGUGCGCACGUCCGGCUGGCAAGUGUUGUGCUGUACUACAUUCAUCAUAGUAGCCGAUUUGCCGGGUUUGUUUUCAGUGUUAAACAUUCGUUGAUUCGAACUCAGUACCCAGGGACGAGCAGUCCAAAUUUAUCCCAUCCCAGCCCGCUGAGGGAUUCUUACCUACAGUGUAGUUAGAAAAAGCAGCAGACCACAACGGUGGGAUUUUUCAAACCCAUCGGAGAGAUCUAAGUAGCAGCAGUUUCCCGGACAAAGCAGAGCCGGGGUUCGUACAAACCAGCCAACUACCAACCAUCCAGUCGUAAAGAACCAAUAGCUGCAAUGGGCGACUACACGUUGGACGUGGACAAUCUGAUCCAGCGGCUGCUAGAAGCUCACAAACUGCAGCAGCAGCAGGCGCAAGAGUCCCGGAAAAAGGGCAAACUGAAAGAGAUAUUCUCACACGAUUUCAUGGUUCGGGGAUGUCGUCCAGGAAAAUCAGUACCUAUGCCAGAGGAAGAAAUUCGAGCACUAUGUCUUAAAUCUCGUGAAAUCUUCCUGCAACAACCAAUACUUCUGGAAUUGGAGGCUCCACUUAAAAUUUGCGGUGAUAUACAUGGACAGUACACAGACCUGCUGCGACUUUUCGAAUAUGGAGGAUUCCCCCCAGAGGCCAACUAUCUAUUCCUGGGCGAUUAUGUGGAUCGAGGCAAACAGUCGUUGGAAACGAUCUGUCUUCUGUUAGCAUACAAAAUCAAGUAUCCGGAAAACUUUUUCCUAUUGCGCGGAAAUCAUGAGUGUGCCAGUAUUAAUAGGAUAUAUGGAUUCUACGAUGAAUGCAAACGGCGGUACAACGUGAAAUUGUGGAAAACGUUCACGGAUUGUUUCAAUUGCCUGCCCAUUGCUGCCAUUAUUGAUGAGAAAAUAUUCUGUUGUCAUGGAGGCUUGAGUCCGGAUUUGAAUCACAUGGAACAAAUAAAACGCAUAAUGCGACCUACAGACGUUCCCGACACGGGGCUGUUGUGCGAUCUGCUGUGGAGUGAUCCGGACAAAGAUGUUAAAGGUUGGGGAGAGAACGAUCGUGGCGUUAGCUUCACGUUUGGUGUGGAUAUUGUUUCCAAGUUUUUACUUAUUCACGAGCUGGAUCUCAUUUGCCGAGCGCACCAGGUCGUGGAGGACGGGUACGAGUUCUUUGCCCGUCGAUCGCUAGUAACGCUGUUUUCCGCUCCAAACUAUUGCGGUGAAUUCGACAAUGCUGGUGGUAUGAUGUCGGUAGACGCAAAUCUAAUGUGUUCGUUUCAGAUUCUAAAACCAUCGGAAAAGAAGGCUAAAUAUCAAUAUAGCGGAACGAAUAAUCAGCGACCGCAGACACCCCAGCGCAAUCAAAAUCCAACCAAUAAACGGAAAUAAUAAUUUCUCUCCCUUCUCAACCGCUACCUAACGAGACGCAGCAAGAAGAAGUCAUCAACAACGGCCAGUUCGUCGGCAAACACCGCCACCAAUGCCACUAACGUUUCCAACAGUAUUGAUGGUGAUGAUGAAAUUAUGCUCACCGGUACCUCCGUGCCGUACGAUCCUGCAGCAGAGCAUUUAGCGCAAGGUCAGGACCAUGAACGAGUUAACGUAGUAAACGGCACCACGGCAGCAACCGGUGCAGUAGCUUCGGCUUCAUCAGGCGCGUCAUCGUCUUCGGUGUUGCUGAAAAAUGUUCCAAUAAAAGCAAUCGUGUUUUCUGACCAAUCUUUGCAAAGUAUUGAUAACGAUACGACCACGCCGCAUUUACGACCCGCUACCCCCUCUACACUCGGCCGUCCGGAUAUCUCGCUUAUGGAAAGAAGAGGAUCUGCAGUGCAGGAGGAAGACUGUUCCUUGCCGUCACCACCGCCUCCACCGUCGAUACAAACGGUGCCAGUGAUGCAACUGCAAGCUCUUCACCUACACCAACCAAUUCCACAGUAUCCACAAGACGCAGCAGUACAUGGCAUGGAGCAGGCCGCGCAUAAUGCAGCGACCUCGGCACGCUCAUGCUUUUCUCCGCCACCACCAGCCGUUGUAACGACCGCGGUAAUGAGUACCUCUGGGUCUCACGUGAUGCCUGGUGGAGCUGGCCCCAAUAGGCAGUUGCCGCCCUAUCCACCGGCGGUACCGCUUCCGAAGCCGACACCUAUUUGGAUAACACCGGUACCACGCCCAACAGUUGCCGGUAGCAGUACGCUUGGAAGAGAAAGGCCUCCUACCGUGUCGGCAAAUGCGUAUUCUACCGCAUCCACCAUUACCGUAGCUACCGGCAGUAAUAGCUCGGCAGUUGUUUCGACUGUGCCUAUCUUGCGUACAUUCGGUGCCUCAGCGGGCUCACGUCAAAAUUCAUUUGGCAGCUAAACGGUGCUGUACAUGUUCGAUGUGUGAGCGCCAUAAUUAGGUCAGCUCUAUAUUAUAUCGUGCGUAUGAAAGUUAAGGCUGUAAGCGUGUGAUCUAGACGGAAACAUGGGAACGGAUAGGGCUAUUAUGGACCAGGAUCGGUUGGAUAACAAAAUAGUAAAAGAGUGGCCACAAAAGUUUAGUUGGUAGAAUGGUCUUACAAAAACAAAACAUAACGAUGAUGACUAUCAAAAUGUGUCGCGACAAAAUGGGAAGCGUGUGAGAAUGUGAGAGAAUUUAAGAUGCAUGAGAAGGGAUACACAAAAUCGCGCUUCGAAGUUAAGCGAGGAACGCGAAGGAAAACAAAAAUUAACUAGUUUUUAUUGAAUGAUAUUGUUAACAAAUACACACCAUGCGGAAAAGAUCGAACUGCUUUCACGUUCUGCCUAACUAACCAGUCAAAGCAUAAGAGCAUGUCGAUGUUUUCCGCAGGGCACAAACACAUACACACACCGUGCACUAUCAGAAAAGCGCAAAAUCAGAUGCUUUUUGUACUAAUGAAGUGUGUUUUGUGUGAGAUACUUGCAGAAAGAAAGUAAAUUAAACGCAUGAUAAUAAAUCGCAUACGACAGAUAUUCGGAAGCGUGACAUCGCGUAGGAUAAAAGUGAACUAAGCAGAUAAAUUAAAUGCCACAGUGGCACACACACACACCACAGGGAUAGGAGAACACUGGAAAAAAAGGAAGGCAGGAGAUGGUAGCAUGGUAGCGUUCAACGUAUGGAGAAGUCUUAUGCCAAUCCAAGCAAUUGAAAAUGGCCGCACUGUCCUCGGCACUAAGGGGUUUGAAGAAAACACAGACAAAAACACACCAAUAAGCUGAAGCGGCACAUUACAAGUGAUGAGCAAUGAGAGUGACCCGUAUAUAAACACAUACAACACGUACACUGCUGGUACCAGUCACAAAGAGGUGUCUGUUUCACGUGGUGUGGAUAAAAUAUACAAGUUUCCACAUAGCACACUAAAUAGUUGUGCUCCGUAAUAUUAUGCAUCUAACCGCAGGCAGAUACGGCUAGACGUAUUGGUGUGUCGAUAAAGAGACGGAUACGGAUAUAUACAUAUAAAAAUGGAGUACAUUUUCAACAGUAGUAAACAUAGUGUUACAAAAUCCGUACAGGACGAUCACAAGGGCAUUGCAGCAGAAAGCCAGCAACGUUUGAUUUGAUCAAAUCAAUCAAUAAAUUGUGUAGAUGGGGGUGAAACAUGCGUCCCGGACAAAGGUAGGAACGAUUGAUGCUAUCAUAGGGCAGCAGAAUGAUGAAUAGUAAAGAGCGGUGGAGCGUGUGGAUACGGAAGCAGAAGAGAUAAUUAUAUAUAUAAAAGAUGUAGAUACACAUACGGAUAUAUAAAUACAUAUGUAUGUAUGGUACGCAUUACUCAAAACUGGCGACGCGGUAAAUACGCAUGAGAGAUUUUCCGAUUAUUUUCGGUUGAUCGUUUUAUUGCCUUCUGGAAAUUAAAAGUAGGAAAUUGUAUAUUUUCUCCCUCAAGUCGUCGGCAAAGGGAGAGCAGCAUGUGACGAAGGUGUGUAUGCACUGUAGUGAGGAAUAGUAAUCAAAGAUCAAAUGUUCGAUCACUGCAUAUUGUUUGGUGCAUAUUGUAGAGAA